ACUCUGCCAUUACCAGCCAUCUCCAGCAUCUCUAUCAAUUGACCUAACCUCGAAAGUACGGUCUUUUGGUAAAUUGUAGUGAAAGUGAUAUAUGUUUCUCAAAGCUUUUAACUAUUGAAAGAUGGCUACUGUGAAAUUCGGGAAGCACCUGAAAGAGUUGAGAAUUCUCCUGUGUCAAACGUCUAAAUCUAGUCAAGGCGUUAGAGACUUCAUCGAGCAACAGUAUGUACCUUUGAAGAAAAAUAAUCCGACAUUUCCCGUUUUAAUUAGAGAAUGUUCCUCGAUUGAGCCAAAACUAUACGCGCGUUAUGAGUAUGGUGUAGAACGUUGUAUGGCUUUAUCGAAUCUAAAAUCGGAAGACAUACUUGGCAAAAUUCGAGAGUUAGCGUCCCAAAAAUAGAUGUAAAUUAUUAUAUUGAUAUGUAUCGUGUUAUGUAUAGUGUUUUAAUAAAAUAGUUGUGUCAAUGGAA